AAUGCAGUACUGUAUGGGAGGAGGUUGUGUUUGCAAAAAGCUGGUGCAUCGGAAGCAGCUUUAAAUUACUGGGAGCCACUGUUGCAAUUACUUUAAGGACGUCUUUACAUUGCAUUCCUCCCGCCGAUCUCAUAGUAAGAACUUGCUUUAAAAAAAUGCCAGCUGACACCAUAGAGAAAUCUUCCAUUUCCCCCAUAGUCGGGGUUUCUGCAACUUCUCCGCAAACUCCGGAUAAACCCAAAAGUGCAAGUGACAAUAGAAAGUCUUCCAAACCCAUCAUGGAAAAGCGGCGCAGAGCGAGAAUCAACGAAAGCCUGACUCAGCUGAAAACUUUGAUCCUGGAUGCACUGAAGAAAGAUAGUUCCAGACACUCGAAGUUAGAGAAAGCGGACAUCCUUGAAAUGACAGUGAAGCACCUGCGGAAUCUUCAACGUGUGCAGAUGACUGCGGCCCUGACCGCCGAUCCAACGGUCCUGGGUAAAUACAGAGCCGGGUUUAAUGAGUGCAUGAACGAGGUGACUCGCUUCCUCUCCACCUGCGAAGGGGUUAACGCUGAUGUCCGGAGCCGGCUCCUCAGCCACUUGUCCAGCUGCUUGGGGCACAUGGUGGCGAUGAACUACCCGCAGCCUCCCUCCAACCCUGCGUCCGUCCCCGGAGGUCACCUCGCCCAGCCGCUGCACGUCCAGCUCCCAGCUACGGUCCCGGUCAACGGCGGAGUGGGGAUGCCUUGCAAACUCAGCCCGGCCGAGGCCGUCUCGCCCAAGGUCUACGGGGGCUUCCAGCUUCUGCCCGCUGCCGACGGACACUUCGCCUUCCUCAUCCCCAACCCUUCCUUCUCCUCCUCGGGCGGACAGAUCGGAAGCGGACCUGUCAUUCCCCUCUACGCCAAUGCAAACAUCCCGGGCAAUGCAAACUCCUCGCUGCCUCCCACUUCCAAGCUGGCUGGAUCCCCCGUGCAAGGAUUAACCUCGGUGUCAUUCGGGCCCAGCGUUAUGACCGCAGUGUCCCAGAGCCACAGCCCUUUGGGAGUAAACACAGGUCCCGAAAGCUCGGAGUCCGUCUGGAGACCUUGGUGAUCCCAAGACGGCUUUGGACUGACCAGUUAAACCUGUUCCAUUGUUCGGGACAUCUGUACUUAUCAUAAUAAGAGAUAUUUAUUUCGAUGUAUAUAGACUACCCGGUUGAUCUUCGUAUAACUUGCAAAUCUUAAAAUAUUUUACUGUGCAGGAGUAUUGUAAUUUGAUUUGUUUUAUAACCUGUUUCAAUAAUAGGUGCGAUAUACCAAAGUUUUUUUUGUAAAUUUGCCUCUUUUGACAGAAGUAAAUAAAACCAUUCUUGUUCGUGUAAAAAAAAAUGUC